AAAGGCACUCAUGGGUGGUAUUGCAGAGAAAGAUAAACUCAAAAAGCCUGCACAAGCAAGUUCAAGGAAAGGUUGCAUGAGAGGUAAGGGAGGUCCCGAGAAUGCUCUUUGCACUUACAAAGGUGUUCGUCAGAGAACCUGGGGUAAAUGGGUUGCCGAAAUUCGUGAGCCCAAUCGUGGCGCACGUCUUUGGCUUGGAACAUUUGACACCUCCCACGAAGCUGCCAUGGCUUAUGAUGCUGCUGCUCGUAGACUUUAUGGCCCAGAUGCCAAGCUCAAUCUACCACAGUUGAUUCAGGCUCCCGAAAGGCCAAGCCAACCUCAAAUCAUUGAUGAUUCAGGCAUCAAAAGCUCACCAAACACCCCGCUUCCCACAGUACAGGUGUACAACAAUGACUUGAUGAUCCCAUUUUCUAACGACAGCAUCGAGUCUCAUGCGAAUUUGGCAGAAAAUAGUGCGAAAGUUGAGAAUAAUGAACAGGGAAUGGAUAGAUUCUGGGACAGUUUGAACGUGAAGCUGCCUGUGUUUGAUGAAUCCAUAUGGGCAGAAGCGGCGAUGUCCGUUCAUUAUCCUAUGUUGGAAGAGUCAGGGCUUUUUGGUGGGAACCAGCUGGUGGAUGGAGCUGGAUGGGAUGUGUUGCAGACUCCAUGGUGCAUGUGAAAACUUGAAACUAGACUCCAUGAAAACCAGACAUCUAAACUGCCGCCAUGUAUAUAUAUAGAUAGAUGAUGUGUAAAUAAACUGUAGUGUCCACGUUAAAAAAAAGGAAAAUAAAUAAAGAAAGAAAAGUGAAACGUUUGUGUGUAUAUAUAUAUACACACAUGCAUAUGUUCUGUCAGAGCCACGAAGCCUCGAGGGUUUUUCUGGGCUUUGCCAUAUCUGUCUUGAUCUACCAGCGUACAUCACUCCCGUACGUUCUCCUCUGUGAAAUGGUAUCAAUAUAUAUAUAUCGUAAGCUUAUCA